AUCGCGAUCUGUCUAUAAAUGACACUGCUUAGACGUAGGAAUGUGAUAUCUCAAACAAUCAUCAUCCUAAAAUGGAGAUGGGCUCACAAGAAACACAACCAAUCAUGAGCUCUUCGCCUCCGGGGAGAAUAUCACUCCGGCCGAUGACUCUUUCCGACGUCGACGACUACAUGGUUUGGGCAACAGACCCUAAAGUGGCACGCUUCUGCACUUGGGAGCCUUGCACGAGCAGAGACGAAGCCAUCAAAUACAUAACCGAUCGUGUCUUGACACACCCUUGGCUCCGAGCCAUCUGCUUAGAAGACGACCGUCCUAUCGGCUACAUCUUGAUCAUGGCGGUGGAUGACAUCAGAAAAGAGAUCGGUUAUGUCCUAGCGAGAAAGUAUUGGGGAAAAGGGUUUGCGACGGAGGCAGUGAGGCUAGUGACGGCGGAGAUAUUUAAAGAAUUUCCAGAGAUUGAGAGGGUUGAGGCACUUGUCGAUGUGGACAAUGUUGGAUCUCAAAAGGUUCUUGAGAAAGUUGGGUUUACUAGAGAAGGUGUGAUGAGGAAGUUUCUAUAUAUCAAGGGAAGUGUAAGAGACACUGUUAUGUUUAGUUUCUUGCCUACUGAUACUAUGAAGUAAUUGGAUCGACAAAAAUAUUAAUAAACAUAGAAGUGAUUCACAUUCUAUUUAUAUGUUGGAGUUAGUGUAGGACUCAUACCCAAAAUAGCUUCUCAUUAAUUACUCUUUGGCUUAUUGGAUGUGUGUUCUGUUUUCAGCGAUGGUGUCAAUCUAAGAGUACUCUUUGACAAUACCUUGAAUUGUUAAUUUCUUAACCGGAUCAUACCCAAAAUAGCUUCUCAGACCACUCCUCUUCCCCGUCUUCAUUCUAGGUAAAGUUAAAGAUUUUCCGGUGCUAGGGUUACAUAUAACCGACAUCAACGCUGGGUUUUUCCUACCCUUUAAGAUCCGUUUUUCAGUAAGACAGACGACGCCGUUGCUAGGACCAAUGAGUCCACAGGCGUUGGGGAAAUGUGCAUGUAAUCGAUUGGCUGCACAAGAGAUCUCAUCAUGACUUUGAUGAGGAGACUACUGGUGUGAGGAGAAGAAUACCAUAAUCAUGUUUGCAAUCUCCAUUUCGAAAAAAGAUUUGUGCAUGCUAUUUAGCACAAAAUUUAGGCCUAAAUAUCGGAGGUUCGUCAAAGCUGAUCCAACUUUUUUGGUUGCUUUUUUGUUUUGUAUAAUGAAAAUAAUCUGAAUGUAAAAGAUGUGGUUACAAAAGGUAGAGAAGAGUUUUAAAUAGCAAAGAUUAUUAGCCUAUUAGAACAAUCUUUUGCUCUAGAUCGAAUGUAUGAAACAAUUAUGUAAAGCGUUAAAUAAGAUCAUAAGAUUCAUGAAGUA